AUGGAGUCACAAUGGAAAGAACCAAGUGCCUUUGAGUCCUCUACCAUAGUUUCUCCAAUAGGGGUUCCUCCAUUUUCAGUUACUCCAUUGCAUAACUCAAAUCAAAAUGGACAAAAACUUUUUGAGCAAGGAGAUGAAGAACUCCAAGAUACUCUCCGAUUAGAUCUAAAUCUAACGCUAUCUGGAAGCAAUAUUUCCAAUCAUGGGUUAGGCAUCAAUCCAGAGCUCAACCUUAUUGAUUGCUUCAACAUGGAUUCAUCUAAAACUUCAUCAGAAAGUACUCCUGGAGCUGCUAAUAAUGCUAGGCAACGAGUGUUCUCAUGCAACUAUUGUCGAAGGAAGUUUCUUAACUCACAAGCACUUGGAGGUCAUCAAAAUGGCCACAAAAAAGAAAGGACACUUGCAAGAAGAUCAGGACAAGGAAUGAUAAGGAAGACUCCUUGGCGACCUUAUUUGCACCACCAAUAUUAUCAUUCAACCUCAACCAUGGCCCCUUUUCCUCUCAGUGGUGCAUAUGGAAACUCUCUUGGAAUUCAUCACAUGCAUUCAAUGAUAUCUUCCAUUGGAAUUCAUAUGAAUGGACAUGGCAGCUGCUUGUCCACGCCAUCAAUUGAGCAACAACCAGCAGCUGCCAUUGGAAAUCUUCCAUUGGAGAAUUAUCGUGCAACUGCAACACCAUCUUCAUUUGUGAAAGUGGGUAAGUUCAGCUUGAAGAGGAGUAUUAUGGAUUCCCCUGCUGAAUAUAGCACUUCUGAUAAUCCUCCGGUGGGCUGCAGUGAUAAUUCAAAGACUAAUAAUCCAGAUGGCAGACCAAAACUUGACUUGUCCCUCUAA